AUGGGCACAAACAUCCUGGUCGAAAACAUCCAAGAAGAGGCAUCUCAUUUUGUCCGUCACCUCAAGAGUUUCCGGGGUCAAGCGGUUGAUCUGCGCGUUCCAGUAAGUAUGGCAACUGCGAAUGUCAUGUGUGAGAUUUUAUUGGGGCGCAGGUACAAUUAUCACGAUCCGGAGUUCGCGGAACUCAUCAAGACUGUUUUGAAGUUUUUCAAAAUGCUUUUCACGACGAGUGUGGUCAACUAUUUCCCUUUUCUGAAAUACUGCCCCGGGGAUUUAUUCGGAGCAAAGUUCGCGAAAGAGUGCACGAGUGGGCUUGUGAAAACGUUUGCCCAACAUUACGCGCUGCACGAGAGAGAAAAGAAACCAGCUGGAAGAGACAAAUCUAAGGACAAGGAUAAUAACAAUAACGAUAAUAUGAUAGCCGCUUUACUCCAAGAAAAGAAAAGAAAGGUUAACAAUGGAGAGGAAACGUUUCUCGAUGAAGGUAAUAUCGUGAGAACUAUUACGGAUCUAUUUAUAGCCUCGACGGAAACGACAAGCUCUACUUUACUGUGGGGUAUUCUCUUCCUCAUCAGACAUCCCGAGGUCCAGGAAAAUAUUUACGAGGAAUUAUGCAGAGAGAUCGGGGCAGACACCGCUGUGAGACUACAAGACAGGAAUAAGCUACCAUAUAUCAACGCUGUUAUCAUGGAGACCCAACGAUUGGCCAAUAUCGUCCCCCUCACGAUGUACACAUGCGCAAAGUCGACGGAAGUGGGAGGUUACGUCAUUCCUUCCGGCGCAUCUGUACUCGUAAGUCUAGACUCAGUCUUGAUGGACACAAACUUGUGGGGUUCCGACGCAAAAGAAUUUCGCCCAGAAAGAUUUUUCAACACCGAAGGAAAGCUCUGCGCUCGAAAAGAGCUCAUUCCGUUUUCUAUAGGCAGAAGAUCUUGUAUUGGAGAGGCUUUUGCCAAAAUGGAGCUCUUCUUGUUUCUCGCCAUUUUGUGUCAAAAUUUUAAGUUUCUCCCCGCUGAUUCACUUCCAUGUCAAUCCCCUGUGUUCGGGCUCACCCAAACUCCCCGAGAGUUUAAGGUUCGAGUCUUAAGUAGAAACAAUGCUAGUUCUGAAUAA